AUGACCGCGGGAACUGUUGUUAUCACCGGGGGAAUCCUAGCGACGGUGAUCCUCCUGUGCAUCAUUGCCGUCCUCUGCUACUGUAGGCUACAGUACUAUUGCUGCAAAAAAGAUGACUCCGAUGAGGAAGAGGAGGAGGAGGAGGAAGAGGAAGAGCCCGACCUUCCCACGUGCUCGCACCUCAGCGCAUGCAACGCCUACAACUCGCGUGCGGCGGACGGCCAGGGCAGCCCCGCUCCCUCCCCCAGCGAGCUCAACCACCACGGGGCUCACAGCUACUGCCCAACCUGCUCCCCGUACGGAUCCCCCUUUUACAUCCGGACUGCCGAGAUGGUGCGCAAUGGGGGCGAGAGGGUCGCCUACGGCCCCACGUGCUGCAAGGAGAUGGGGCCGCCCAUCGGCAUGGCCGCCCUGCAGAGCUACCCGGUGAGCCGGCACAGCCUCCUCCGCGAGAGCUGCCCCAACCCACGGGCCCUCAGCACGGAGGUGUAG